UCCUAGCUUAAUGUGUUUGUGUAUUGCACGGGACGGAGCUGUAUGUAAGGUCGGGUCUGGGUAAAUGAGAAAAGAGAAUGUGUUUAAGGCGAAAGUAACGUAUUAGAAAAGAAAAGUAAAUAGAGAUUCACGCACCGGCAACAUUCAGUCCAUAUAUUACAUCUGCUGACCCAAAGUGAUGGAAGUACAAACUACACAGUUUAAAAGAUCAAUCCUUGUCGAUGGAGUCAUUGACUUCACUGCUGGGACGGCAGGUGGGAUUGCCAAUGUUUACAUCGGUCAGCCACUAGACACAGUCAAAGUGAAGAUGCAGACGUUUCCAACCAUGUACAGAAAUGGUCUCCACUGUUUCACCGACACUUUCAAAAAGGAUGGCAUUGUUAGGGGCCUCUAUGCUGGUACCGGGCCUUCCCUUGUGGCAAAUAUUUCGGAAAAUGCUAUUCUCUUCUUGUUCUAUGGAUUUUGCCAGAAGGCAAUUGCUCUUGUUACAAAACAUAAGAAGGUGGAAGAUUUAUCACCUAUUCACAAUGCAUUUGCUGGAAGUGGUGCUGCCUUUUUCUGUGCAUUUGCACUUUGUCCUACAGAACUUGUCAAAUGUCGCCUGCAGGCCAUGCGUGAAAUGAAAGGGGGUGCCAGAACAGUUGGACCUUGGGCAGUAACAAGAGAAGUCCUCCAUGCUGAAGGAAUUCCAGGUCUCUAUAAAGGUUUGACCAGUACUAUACUCAGAGAAAUGCCUGGAUAUUUCUUUUUCUUUGGUGGUUAUGAGUUAACCCGUCAUUUGUUUAUACCAAAAGGUGGCACUAAAGAGGAUGUGGGCCCAGUAGGAACCAUUAUUAGUGGUGGAGUUGGUGGACUAGCUCUGUGGACAGCCAUAUUUCCAGCUGAUGUUGUUAAAUCUAGGAUCCAAGUUCAAAGCACAGUUGGUAAAGCAGCACCAACGUUUUCAUCAGUAUUUUUUUCGGUCUUAAAAACUGAAGGAGUAACAGCACUAUACAAAGGUUUGGGGCCAACAUUAUUACGAACAUUUCCAUCCACUGGAGGCCUGUUCCUCACAGUUGAGUUGACCAAGAAAUACAUGGGUCUCACUGCUGAUUAUUUCCAUUUGUGAUAAUCCUUGAAACUCUGCUAAAUUGUAGUUCACUUGAUACACUGCAAGACCUUAAAAAACAAAAAGCAUUGUAAACAUGUUUUUGAUCUGAAAGCUAAACAAUAUAUUCAUGGCCACAGCUCAUGAGCUGAAACUAGAAUCAAUCAUGAAGGAAUCGAAGAAGGAUCCCAUAGGUGUUCACUCGAUUUGCUAGAAAUAGCAGCUAAAUUUCUCUUAAAUCACUAUUUUACCAUAAAUAAAAAGACACCUCGACAAAAAUAAUAGUAAAUACACAAUGGCUGGAGAAAAGUUGGGAUGGUCACAACUGGAACACUUUUAAUCAUAAAUUUGCUCCAUCAGAGCUAAACAAUAACAACAACGUUUAUGGAAUUCUUUCCAAUAAAGAGAUGAUUAUUUUUGUUUACAACAUAUUUGUAAAAUAAAAUUGAAUAUAUCGAAAUUUUAAUAAAAACUGUUUA